AUGACUGGCCCUAGUGCAACCAGGGGAUCUGCCAGCGCAGAGCCAGGCGCCCCAGAGAGCAUCGCCCUUCCCAGAAAUCCCAAUCAAAGAGAUACACGAAGCGUGAUUCCACCAUGUCACCAGAAAAAACGCGGAGGUUGUGGUGGUCAGGUGACAUCAGCAAAACAAAUUGCAACAAGUUUGCGUCGAGAAGCAGGCCGAGCUGAGAUUAAGGCCCAGGCUGUUCACCAGCUCAUAUACGGUGAUAGGACCCAGCCAUCCGAACGUAUUCAUACCGACACCUUAGCCUCCCAGGCUGCCUCGAAGACACAGAGCAUGAGGAAGACAUCAAAGCCUAUCUGUGAGACGUGCAUCCUCGUAGAAGAUAUGCCGACCCGACCUGCAACCUUGGCCACAUAUAUUAGCCGCCAUAAGGUCGGGGACGUAGAGGUGAUAGAUGGAUUCGAGCUCUCGGAGGUCCAGAAGAUGGUCCAGAUUACCCAGGAGAGCGUCCGAAAGACCAGACUUCACAAACCAGAGCUAACUGGAGAUCAACGUCAUCGCGCCAACGUCGAGUGCCCAUUCAUGAUCUAUGAACUUGCAGGGGAGGAGGGGGACACAUGUGUUCUGACGGAAAAUGCUGGCACCCGACACGACAUUGAACUUUGGUUUGCUCAAGGCCAUCCGAAUGAUCCGCCCUCUCCAUCUACCGAUAUCUGCAGCAGUAACAAUCAUCAUGAAGAGCUGGCUGCCCACCAAUAUUACUUAGCUACGGAUCGCCAAAGUGCAUAUUUGAAUGCGCUCAUGAAGCGCUUCUUCUCAAUGGAAUAUGCGACUCUUAUCAGAGCAGCCAAAGCAGGUCGGUGGGUUCAAGGUAUCCAGAGCUGUUUCCUCAGCCUGGCCACAGUGUGGAAACUUCAGGUGGAUGCUCAUCUAGAUGAAAAAGACUACGAGCCACUAACUCUAAUCGACUUAGAUCGUGCUAAGGUCUCUACUCGCGCUUCGGUAGACGACACUCAACAAGUCAAAGGCGACGAAAGUGAAUGGGACACUUAG